AUGGCCAACACAAUCAAACAUCCAUUUUUAUCCUCGGCUGAGGAACCCGCGACACCAGAAUACAGGGCGAGCAACACUGCCCACGAAAUCUCCGAUCGAGGACCCCUCGCAGAAGAUGAAGAGGGGCAAGAACUCCAAGAACCAGCUCUGGAGCAAAGAGUCCGACGGAAAGUAGACUUGCGUCUAUGUAGCAUCGCAGGCCUGCUGUGCAGUCUGAAUCUCCUCGAUUCCGGCAUCCUGUCCUCAGCAGCAGUGACCACCAUGCUGAGCGACCUCCAGCUAGACCAGGGGUCCCGGUACUCGGUCUCGAUCUUCAUCUUCACCAUUGCCAGCGUCGUCUUUCAGUUACCAUGCACGAUCGCCGUGCGCUUCGUCGGCCCACGCGUCUGGUUCGCGACUAUCACAUUUACCUUCGGACUACUGACGUUGUGUACCGCUUUCAUCCACACCUGGCGUGAGAUGAUCGCUCUACGUAUCUUAUUGGGCAUCGCCAUGUCCGGGAUCUACCCCGGACUCACAUAUCUCAUUAGCGCCUGGUACCCGCGACGCGAGCAGCAGCUCCGAUUCGCAUUCUUGCAGUCUGGGGAAGUUUUGGGCCUGGCGACGGGGAAUAUUGUUAAUUUCGGCCUCAACCAUUUGAACGGGAAGGCUGGCUUGGCUGGCUGGCGAUGGAUGUACCUUGUGCAGGGGCUCAUUGCCUGUGUACUGGGAAUCAGCACUUACUGGUGGAUGGUGGAUUUUCCAGAGAACUCGGCUCGCAGCUUUUGCUUUUUGUCCGAGGUUGAAGCGCGGGUUGCAUCGCAGAGAAUUCAGAAUGAUCGGGCUGAUUUAGUUCCCGAGCCGUUCUCGUGGGGUACGUUGCUUGGUAAUUUUAAGGAUCCUAAGAUCUAUGGGUUUGCUUGCAUGUUCUUUCUUUUGAAUCUGGUAUCGACUUCCUUGUCGUACUUUCUUCCCAUCAUUUUAGAAUCGGGAAUGGGCUUUAACUCGAACGAAUCAAUCUUACUUUCGACUCCGCCUUACUACUAUGCCGUUAUACCCGUUGUUCUCACAUCUUUGGCCGGAGACUUCUAUAGGAAGCGUGGUCCCUUCAUCGUAUUCAAUUGCCUUUGCUUGAUAGCCGGCUUUCUGAUGUUUGGACUCCCGGCAUCGAAGCAGGUGACCGUGCGCUACAUUGGGACCUUCCUCGCUACAGGAGCUUAUGUCUCCAAUUGGGCUGCACUUAAUGCCUUCCAGGCCAAUAAUGUCGCUGGUCAGUGGAAACGAGCAGCUACGUCAGCUGCCGUCACUGCUUUCAAUGGCUUGGGUGGUGUGGCAGGUAGCUAUAUUGUGCGAUCACAAGAGGCUCCCAAGUACCAGACAGCGGUGUGGGUAUCUAUUGGGUCUCAUAUCCUCAUGAUUCUCCUGGUUGCGGCAUUUUCGGUCUACUUCUAUAUUGUGAAUCGGCAACAGGCUAGGGGAUUGAAAACUAUCGAGGGCGUGACUGGUUUUAAAUACACUUACUAA